UCGGAUUUCCGUCAGAGAGCAAAAAAACUCUUGCUUCGUUUCGUCAUAAAUUUGGUGUUUUUUUCUUUUCUUUUUCUCUUCCUGCGUGCCAAAACUCGCUGUGCAUGCGUGAAGUGAUUUCCCCGAUGCAUGCUCUUCCGGAUUGCCUUCUAAUACGCACGGCCUUGCCAUGGGACAACUCAUUGCAGGCAGCCGGGGUCCGAGUCCUCAAGACGAGUCCCGAGACCGAUCCGACUCGCCUUCCGCGACCGUAACGUCCCGCUUGCUCAACCUCGCUAUGGAGCUUGGCUUUCCGCUUCGAGCCCGACCGGAAGCGUCGCAGCAAACCAUGCCGAAUAUGCAGGAGCCGAGGGGGGAAGAGUGGCACGACCGGGCGUCCACUCUGCCCUGGGCCACCUCGGCCACCGAGGGCCAGUUCGCGCAGGAAGGAGACAUGAUGCUAACGCAAAUGCGGCCCAAAUGUUCGUGCUGGACGCAUAAGACAGUGUGUUUAGUGCGGGAGCUUCGGAGGUUUCGACCUGUGAAAGAAGGGAAAGAAGCUGUUUUGGGGGAGCAUGACUGCGAUUGUGGGAGGAUUUGCCCGGUGCAUGCGAAAAUCGCCGAAACCACCUUUGUCGACAACAUAGCGCUGCUGUCGACGAACGAUGACCUAGAAAAGACGCUGGAUGAAAAACCACCGUUUCUCUUUGACGACACUGAGUACUGUGACGCUGAAACUUUGAGACUUGAUGAAGUUAUUCCGUCUGCGGGAUUGAAAUCUCCGAACGUCGAGGUUGACCAGAAGCGUGACCUAACCGCGUCUGACGAGGAUCUGAGACCAGAACAAGGAUAUCUCCGAAUAAUUUUGAAUUUCGGUAGACCCAUCAAUGUGGUUGCCGGGACUCGACCCCCGUCUAUACUUGACGUAAUUCAGCACAAGAUUAAAGCCUCAACUGGACUCGACACGGACUCCAUCGAUCAAAGAAUGCUGACUUCAUUUUAUCUUCCACGUGGGACUGUGAAAAUUAUUCAUAUUGCGAGAGAUACUACUGCUCAAGAUGUGAUUGCCGCUUUGCUGCGAAAAUUCAGAGUUGUCGAUAAUCCUCGGAAGUUUGCGCUCUAUGAACGACAACUCGAGGAAGGAAUAGAAUCAUCGAGAGUGAGGAUGCGACGCAUGGGAGACGAAGAGUUACCUUUGUCACUUCCUCCGGAGAAACAAAUAGUCCUGCAAGAAAACGAUACACAAGAUGUGCAAUGGGAUGCUUUCACGGUACCGGAGUUGAAUAAUUUUUUGGUUAUUCUCGACCGCGAAGAACACUCGUACCGGCGACGAGUGAAAAUGAGGUAUCGGAUGCAUCAGCUGAAAAUCCUGGAAAGGAUGGAAUAUCUACGGCCUGGAAGCACAACGGAAAAAUACAGUUACAUCACCGAGGACCUGAAAGCAGCUUCCUCAUGAUUUCAUUAACUCAGUUUUUGUUCUGUUCCCCGAACAGUCAUGACGAUUUCAAUUCGGAAUUUUAUGUCUUGAUUCUUCUCCCACUUCGAGUUCUCCCACAUCUUUGAAUAACGCACGUCAUUUUAGCGUUUACUAAUGCGAACAUAUUUCACGUCCCGAUUUUCAGGUGAAUUGGUCCCUAGUCGAUGUGGUAAUCAGUCUCAUUGAACUUACGUUCAUCAGUGUUGAGCAACUGUUUUGUCAGGUGCUGGAAGAAAUUACGGGUCGGGUCGUCCGCCUUACGCUGUUCAUGCACGUCCAUGAGUGUGUUGUGUCAAAGGGAUGAAUUUUAGCAUGUCGUAUACCCUUUGUGGCCAUGGAUGCAUUAUUGUCUAGAGCUGAAAAAAGGGAACUAUAGUUGCCAUUCCAUUUUUUGAAAA